AUGGGCGCAAAAACAAACGUAGUGCCUAUCAAAUGGAAAAUCGCCGUUACUAUAUUAUCGCUGUUCUGUUUAGGGCUGCUCAUUGCCUUGAUUGUGGUAGCAGUAGAUUUUGCCCAGUACAAAGAUAAAUACCCAGGCAAGCAAGAACAACACGACUGCGCAGAUGGCCUUCUGGAGGACGGAGAACUUCCGAAGUCGCAAGCCAUUUUCAAUGACCUCUCGAGCGAAGAACUUGUCGCCGCAAGGGAUUUUUUGCUUCAACAAUCUUCGCUCAAGCUGAAGACCAUGGACAAAGCUUUGGUAAAUGACAACUACAUAUAUCUAAUCCAACGACACCUUCCCGACAAAGAUGAAGUUCUUAGAUAUCUAGAUAGCGACAGCGAUCGGAAGCCACCAAGAAAAGCGCUUGUUGUUGUUUUUCAAGGUUCCGCAAACCCUCCUAAUGUUCAAGAAUACAUUAUCAGCUGGCCAAACGACACUGCGGAAAUGACAUACUCAAAACAUGGAGACGCGCUUGAUUUUAAUGUGAGACCUUAUGAUAUGGUGCAAGAGAAGGCCAUUCAGAAGAUUGUGUACAAUGCAACAGAAAAGGCCUUUAGACUUCUGAAUGAGAGCUAUGAUGGGUAUUGCUACCAUAACUGCACAAACACACGUUUAAGGUUUCGACCACAAACUCCAUUUGGAAAAACAAGCUAUGAACGCACGACUUGGCUCCAGUUUACCCGCGAAGGCUUAGUUGAAGGAACAUACCUACAUCCAGUUGAUUUUCAGCUAUACAUAGAUUUUGCAGGUGCAGACGUCUCCAAAUGGAAUAUCAAAAAAGUUUACUAUCACGGUAUGUCAUUUGACACGGUCGAUACCCUUGUAUCUCAAUACGAUAAGGACAACAUUCAGAAAUCGAAUAUCCCCGCUCCGCAGACAGUUUACCAGGGCGAACAGCCAUUGUUUUCCUCUUUGCAACGCCGUGGAAUCCCCCAGCCCCAGAAACCCAUGCGCGCCCCACGAAUGUUUGAGCCAGACGGAAAGAGAUUCAGUGCCAGGGAUAGCUACAUCAAAUACAUGGGCUGGAGCUUUUAUUUUCGGAUCGACUCGGUUUCUGGUCCCCAACUUUUUGAUAUUCGAUUCAGUGGCCGAAGAAUCAUUUAUGAGCUCAGCUUACAAGAGGCAAUAUCAUUUUAUUCUGGCUACUCUCCGUACUUCAUGGCUGCCAAUUUUGUAUAUGGCGGUUGGACAAUGGGAGCGAGGUCUGUUGAGCUGAUUGGUGGAAUUGACUGUCCAGAAACGUCCAAAUUCUUCGACGCAAUUUAUUUUGUCGACACGGACAAACCUAAAGUCGUCAAGAAUGCGUUGUGCGUCUUUGAACAGGACAGCGGCCUUCCGCUAAGGCGUCACUUUGAAAAGGGCGGUACUCAGGAGAAGAAGGGAUACAAAUUUUACGGAGGCCUGCCUACCAAUGUACUCGUGGUUCGCACCAUCACUACCAUUGAAAAUUAUGAUGGCAUCUUUGACUUCUUGUUUUAUCAGAAUGGUGUUGUAGAAGUGAAGGCAACGCCCAGCGGCUAUUUGUUAACUGACAACGACAGAUUUAACAAUGAUGACUUGUAUGGACAAAACGUUUACAGCAAACUAACUGGAAAUCUUCAUGAUCAUAUCUUUCAUUACAAAGUAGAUCUUGACAUUUCCGACAGAAGGAAUUCUUUCGAAACCAUAACGAUUGCUACGGAAGACAAAGAAAACGCUUGGCUCCCAAGGGAAAGAAGAAUUUUAAAAGUUUUUCGGAGAGAACUAAAUGGAAAUGAGGACGAUGCAAAGUUCACGAAAAUCGAUUUUGACAAGCCCACCUUUUACAACGUUUACAGCAGCGAUGAAAACAAGUUUGGGUCCAAGAAAGGAUAUCUAAUCCAACCAGAGUCAGCAGUGAAACAGGUUUUACCAGUAAAUGAUUACAUCACACAAAUGGCACCAUGGUCUAUGUACCCACUCGUUAUUACAAGAUACAGGGCAUCCGAGCGAAAAAGCAGUUCUCUCUACAAUCAGAACAGUCCCACCAAACCAAUUGUCAAUUUCCCAAGUUUUGACACGGUUCAAAACGAGGGAAUAGUCGAAGAGGAUCUCGUCGCUUGGCUCACUAUUGGUUCGAUUCAAAUACCGACCUCCGAAGAUGUUCCGAACACUGCGUCAGCUGCAAACACGGCAAGAUUUUUCCUUCGGCCGUUUAAUUACUUCGACGAAGAUCCCUCCAUAAAUUCUACUAAUGCAGUGCUUAUUAGACCUGAUAAUCCGAAUAAUGUCGUCCUAACAUACGGAACGCCGCGUGGAGAAAACGUUUGUGUUCCCAGAAAGUAUGACAUUAACAUAAAGGGAACAUACGGGUAAAGACUUGACUGCCCCGAGGGAUAUGUUAUGUACGAACAUACAGAGAAUCCAGUACACUCCUGCCAUGGGCAACUGUCCGCAUGAGCUCGCUGAGUACUGAAACCAAGUCGGAAGCGACAAGACUGUGCUGUUUGCCUUCCCAACUGAUUAAGAACGCAAGUGAUCAGUCUCUCGUGAAAUUAAUCUAUUUCACUUAAAUCAUUGAAGUCAAGUUAUACCAAUAGAUUGAUUAAAUCGGAUGCAAGCUCUAGUGGCCCCGUAGUGGGAAGGAGACGAUAGAGGUUCUAGCAGUUUUCUCAACGCGGCUUCAGAUUCAAAUUUUACUUGCAGUAACAAAAGAUGCGGUAGGACUGAAACCAGUCCGUUAGACCUUGAGGAAUUCGCCUCAGACCCAUCUGCGCCACUUUAUGUUCCCUUUAAUUCCCAACUCCUCAGGUCGAGAGCUUAUAUUGGCAGGAUGAAAUAUGGCAUCGUGACUCCCUUCCAGUUAAAGGUAAAAUAGCCAGAGGAUCAUGCUCAAAAGAAUCAUUUGGUAUCUUAUUUGGGAAGAGGCUGAAGAUGGGGGCCGGGUCUCAAGUUUCAAGUCGAAUCUUUCUGAGAGCUAGUGUUAAUUACUUAAAUACUUAAAGUCAAUAAAAAUAAGGCAAGGUUGCUUGGCUUUUUGUUCGAAAAUCUCUGAUAAGUCUUUCGCAGGCAGGGGGACAUCUUUCUAUCUUCGUGCAAGAGGGCCAAAGAUAACAACUGAUCUGUUAGCAUUGUAGAUCGUAUUAGCCUGAGAAAACAGCCGACAUUUGGCGACGCUAUCACAGGUUUCCCUGCCAAAUGACGUUUGAGAAACGAGCGCAGAACUUUCAUACUGAUGACGC